AUCCAAGAAGAAGAAAACAUUCCAGGGAUCUGCCUUCCUUGGAUCAGUCCGGGAUCCUGUGCAGCGUUCAGUAGCACCAUGUCGUCCACAGAGUCUCCGCACCUGGGCCGGGCGCUCUGCAUCAUCACCGGGGCCUCCAGGGGCUUCGGCCGGACUGUGGCGAGGGAGAUGUCCCGGGUGGUGCAGCCGGGUUCGGCGCUCGUCCUGGCGGCCCGCUCCGGUGACGACCUGCGGGCUCUGCAGGCGGAGCUGGCCGGGUCGGAGGCAGCCCCGGCCGGCCUGGUGGUGGAGUGUGUGGUGGCAAAUGUGGGUGAGACGGAAGGACUGGAGAGCAUCAUCAGAGCAGCUCGAGACGCCUUUUCUCAGGAGAUGGAUCACAUUAUACUGGUCAACAACGCUGCCACUCUGGGUGACGUCUCCCGCUACUUCAACAGCUUCACCGAUAUGGCAGAAGUGGACUCCUACCUGUCUCUAAACGUCAGCUCCUCUCUGUGCCUCACAGCCAGAGUCCUGCAGGCUUUCCCUCAGCGUACAGGUCUGCGGCGCACCGUGGUCAACGUCACCUCGCUGUGCGCCCUGGAGCCCUUCUGCUCCUGGGUGCUGUACUGCACCGGGAAGGCCGCCCGGGAGAUGAUGUUCAGGGUGCUGGCCAAAGAGGAGCCGGACCUCCGGGUGCUCAGCUACUCUCCAGGACCUCUGGACACGGCCAUGCAGGUGGUGGCCCGAUCAGAAACGGCCCACCCGAACCUCAGGAAGACUUUCUCAGACAUGUUCGCUCAGGGCAAGCUGCUCACCUGUGAGGCUUCCUGCUCCAAGAUGAUGAAGCUGCUGCUGGAGGACAGCUUCACCUCAGGAGCUCACAUCGACGUCUACGAUGUCUAGAGUACCGACAGCCGACAAGCAGAGACCAGAUUAUUUCUACGUGCCUUGAUUUAAAUUAAACACUUGAUUCAUAACUACCACCUACCUCUUCUAAUACACAGGUGCAUCUCAAUACAUUAGAAUAUGAUGGAAAAGUCCAUUUCCAGUAAUUCAGUCAAACAGCCCCAACCAAGUAUUAGGGCUGGGCGAUAUGGCCAAAAACUUCUAUCCUAUAUGUGUAUGUAUAUAUAUAUAUAUAUAUAUAUAUAUAUAUAUAUAUAUAUAUAUAUAUAUAUAUCCUGAUAUUUUUUGGGCAAAAUGUUCAGUCAUAGUCAAAUAUGACAUGUCACAAGUAGUUUUACUUUCACAAGUAGUCAAAGCUCCAUAAAGUGCACAUUUAAAUAAAAUAUAUCUUUUUCUGAAAUAAAUAUAUUUAUAAGUAACGGCAGCAUUUAUAUAUAAAGAAAGAAAAAAAUUGAACAGUAUUGAUAUAUGCGAUAUGGUCUAAUUCCAUAUCACAUUUAAAAAUAUAUUGAUAUAUUUUUAUAUCGAUAUAUCGCCCAGCCCUACCAAAUAUUGAGUCAUAUAGAUGGACAUACUUUUCAGAGGCCAACAUUUCCAUAUUAAACAUACUUUUUAACUUUUUUAAUUUCAGGUCUUCAUUAAAUUUAAGCCAUAAUCAUUAUAAUUAGAAGAAACUAAACAAAUAAAGACAUGAAAUGUUUCAUUCUGUGUGUAAUGGAUCUAUAUAAUGUGUUAUUUCCACUUUUUGAAUUGAAUUACUGACAUAAAUAAACUUUUCUUUGAUAUUCUAAUUUAUUGAGAUGCACCUGUAGUUAUAGGUACAAAAGUCAUUGAUCGUUGCACUUUUAAUCCUUACUAUGUAGCCUUUUAAUGAUAAACUGACCAAUGAAGCAUCAAACUGAGUUCACAUUCCAAACAUUACAGAUUAACUAAACUCUUAGUUAACCUGAGCAGCAAGGUUAGAAUAGUUUCGGAUUUUUCAUUAGUUUUACUUUUAAUUUCGUUGUGAUUUUUGUUUUCAAAUUCAGUUAGUUUUAACUAGCUUUUAGAGUGACUUUGCUGUUUUUUUUUGUUUUUUUGUGUGU